AUGAUUAGCAUCAGUUACAAUCAACUACAAGGACAAGUUCCAAAAUCAUUAGCCAAUUGUUCAUCGUUACAGUUGGUUGAUUUUGGUAACAACCAAAUAACUGAUACUUUUCCUUCUUGGUUGGGAAAUCUUGCAGAAUUGAGAAUUCUGAUUUUGAGAUCUAACAAUUUUUAUGGUGUCAUAGAUCAAAAACCCAAAACCAAAGGCUUCCCAAGUCUUCGAAUCAUCCACUUAUCCGGCAAUGGUUUCAUCGGAAAGCAGCCAUCGGUGUACUUAGACAUGUGGGAAACCAUGAAAACCAUCCAAGCAAACCACAUGACAUACAUGGGGGAAAAUAUAAGGCCCAAUUUCACAAACGUUGAUACUUACUAUGGGGAAUAUGAUUACACAAUGACUAUGUUCAACAAAGGAGUGAAACUGGAAUACGACAAGAUUCAAGAUAUUUUCCUUGCCGUUGAUUUCUCCAACAACAGAUUUGAAGGACAAAUCCCAGAAAUCAUUGGAAACCUUAAAGGGCUUAAUCUCCUCAACCUUUCAAACAACCUUCUCAAGGGUCACAUACCACCAUCUUUAGCAAGUUUGAGCUCAUUAGAGGGAUUAGAUCUUUCAAAGAACAAGCUUUCAGGAAAGAUACCUCCAGAGCUCGCUCAGCUCACUUUCCUUGCUUUCUUUAAUGUCUCCUACAACGAGCUUGAAGGGCCAAUACCACAAGGGAAACAAUUUGAUACAUUUUAG